UAGACUCAAGCAGAGCACACACACCCUCUACUCAGCCUUCAGUCUGGUCUAGGCAUGCAAGAGGCAGCAUGUGUGAGUAUGUGCUGUGCUGUAAUGUGUGUGUACAUAGAGUGAAACGCUGCGCUGGAGUCCGGGAGAUGUCUCAUUGAUGCAAGGAUUCCCCUCUUUGCCUCUUUGCUCUUGGAGAGGACACGUGCUGAUUGUGUUUGAACCACCAAAGGGAAUUAACUGUUACACACAGAGGAAACACUGGGAGCUUAAGUGAAGGGUCGGCUGACACCAGCUUUUGAGGAUGUGUGGAGGAUCGUGCGGCCGGUGAAAGAUGACACCACACUGAUGUGGGGAAGCUGGUGAUGCGGCUGCUAAUUCAUAGCUGAAUCAUGGGAAACGUGGAAAGUCAGAAUGGGGACAGUAGUUUCUACGGCGACGUGACAGGCCAUCUCUCCCGUAAAAGCACAUCCCGCUCGCUCCGCCUCUCCAGCAAGCAGCCGAUCACCUGCCGUUCAAGGCACUCAUCCUCAGUGAAACAAGAGCACAGAAACUCCGAAGCCUCAACUCGCUCUUCCAGCACCCCGAGCAUCCCACAGUCCUUAGCAGAGAACGGACUGGAGCUUUUCAAUGCACCAGAUGAGUUUGAAGACUUUGGCAUCAACCCGCACUGGACGCAGCGUGUUGCUAUGACAAUGAGGCCGGAGUCUUAUCAGCAGGAUGAUGACCCCUUGGCCACGCCGACCCCUGAAACCUCAGAGGCCGACACUGUCGCUCAGGAUGGAGGGGAGGACUCGAUGGGCGAGGGGGACGUCAUUGGAGAUGAGAGGUACCUCCAGAGGAUGAAUGAGGGUCCCAGAGAGGGAGGGAGUUUUAAAAAGAAGCGGUCGAAGUCAGCGGACAUGUGGAGAGAGGACAGUCUGGAGUUCUCUCUGUCUGACUUGAGCCAAGAGCAUCUGACCAGCACUGAGGAGAUGGUCGAUGGUGGGGAAGAAGAGGAGGAGGAGCACUUCACAUGCCCCAGGGGCAAUGCAGGCUCGGCUGAAAGGGCAUCAUCUCUGGACCAUCUGUGCAGCCAGCAGAGUCCAGGCCUCAGGGGGCAGAGGAAUCGCUAUGCUAAAAAUCGCAGAGAAACUCAAUGUGAUGGAGAAGGAGAGGAGGGGUUGAUGUCUCCAUCCGAGGAGGACGGCGGUGGCUAUGGAGCAUUCACGCUCCCUUGCCGGCGCUCCCACUGCCUCUCUGAGGGCUUGGCAGGGUUAGGUAUUCCAACUGCACCUUGUCCUGCCUUCCAGGGACGACGUGCACAGACUACUCAGGACAUCUCUGGUGUUUUGGGUGAGGGAAGUGAGUACGGCGACAGUGGGAUCGACGGUGUGGCCGCAGAGAUAGAUGGAGAUGGAGAACUGGUGUCCCGGCGAUGUAAAGCCAUGUCGGCCUCCUUCUCGGUCUACUCGGCCACUGAGAGCAGUGUUUUCAAUGGGAGCGACAGUGGGAGCAGCAGCGCGGGAGGAGGAGAAGGAAGAGGAGGCGAAGGAGGCAGGGGAGGAGUGUACGAAAACUUCAGGAAGGAGCUCGACAAUCAAGCCUGGACAAAUCGAGGCCGAGACUGCACAGAGGAGGCAGGUUCGGCUGUGAGCGACGAGCAGAGCAGCGGCACACUGAGCAGCGCCUACCCGUCCGACACAGUGAUUGGCUGUGCACAGGGCAUAGUGAGGAAAGCAGGAGCUCUGGCUGUGAAGAACUUCCUGGUUCAUAAGAAAAACAAGAAGGUGGAACCUGCAACAAGGCGCAAGUGGAAACACUACUGGGUUUCUCUCAAAGGUUGCACCCUUUUCCUGUAUGAAUCCGAUGGCCGUUCAGGUAUUGACCAUAACAGCGUUCCAAAACACGCACUGUGGGUGGAGAACAGCAUUGUCCAGGCCGUACCUGAACAUCCCAAGAAGGACUUUGUCUUCUGCCUCAGCAACUCUGUUGGAGACGCCUUCCUCUUCCAGACAUCAGGCCAAACGGAGCUGGAGAACUGGAUCACAGCGAUCCACUCUGCAUGUGCGGGUGCUUUGGCUCGGCAGCACCACAGGGAGGACACGGUGCGACUGCUGCGAACCGAGAUCCGCAAGCUGGAGCAGAAGAUCGACAUGGACGAGAAAAUGAAGAAGAUGGGAGACAUGCAGCUGUCCACCGUCACUGAUGGCAAGAAAAGAAAGACCAUACUUGAGCAGAUCUUCUUGUGGGAGCAGAACUUGGAACGGUUCCACAUAGAUCUCUUCCGCUGUCGCUGCUACCUGGCCAGUCUGCAGGGCGGCGAACCUCCCAAUCCCAAACGCCUCCUGGGCUUCGCUUCACGUCCAACCAAACUGGCGAUGGGACGACUGGGCAUCUUCUCUGUUUCUUCCUUCCAUGCACUGGUGUCUGCUCGGACAGAAAGCAGCAUCCGAAGGCGGAACCAGGCCGUUCCUCGUACCUUCAGCAAACGUCGCAGUCGCUUCUCCUCCCUCUGGGGCCUGGACACCACCUCCAAGAGGAAGACCAAAGGACAUCCUUCAAUUGACCAGGUGUUUGCUGAUGGGAUGGAGCCUGUGAGAAAGCCUUUGGAGCGCAUGUUUGAAGACUCCGCCAGCGAGAAAUCAAAGGAGAGAGAGGACAUCGUGAAAAAUCUUCCUCAGCAAAACGUAGACAGUGAUAUCUGGGUUCCUGAUUACCUGAAACCCUCCUGGGUAUGUCUGCCGAACAAUCAGCCUGUCCUGGCUAUCGUACAGCCCGGUGAGACAGCGCUGGAAGUCCUGAGUUCCAUUUGCCAGACCCACAAGAUCGACCCCUCUGGCCACUACCUGCGUUUGAAGGUGUGGGUCGACAACCAGAUGCUUUAUUACGUUCCCAAAUUUGAAGAGGACGUCUCUGAUCUGGUCUACAAAGAGAUUGAGAUUUGCCCCAAAGCUACGAAGGUGAUCCGGUUUGACAAAGCUGAGUCCUCCACCGUCGGAUAUGGUUUUUCUGUGGCGGUUAUCGAUGAGGAUGGAGAGCAGCAGCUUCACAUUACUGAGCUGAAAGCAGGAGGACUGGCUUCAACUAAAGGUUUGAAAGUCGGUGAUGAGAUUCUUCUGCUCAACGGUAAGCCUGCAUCGGCCCUCCAAAUGGAUGACAUGAGGACUGCAUUCGUAAACCAAGCGCUGACCUUGAGCGUCAGCACGCUGCCCCAGCUGGACCCUCAGGUGCUGUGCUCGCUUCCACCCCGGCGCUCCGAUGGGGAGCAGGACCCGACCACGGACAUCUUCUCCCAAAACCAAGAGGACAUCCUGGAUGAGGUGUCCGGUUUGACACUGGAGAGCCCAGACGAGAGCUUAGAGGAAGGAUCUCGACUGACCCCACAAAGCCCGGGAGAUCAUCCGGAAGAUAAAACCUGCACAGGAACUGGACAGAAGAGCACGGAGCAGGUCACCGCCUUCUGCCGCAGUCUCCAUGACAUGAAUGCCCUGGAGUGCCCUAUGUCAUCCUCCUCAUCGUCGUCUUCGUCAUCCCUCUCCCCGAGCCCCGUGUCUGCUCUGCCGCCCACUGCAGGCGCUGCCACCCAGAGACAGCUCUCCCACGCAGACAAACUGCGCAAGGUCAUCAAUGAAUUGGUGGAGACGGAGAAGACCUACGUCAAAGAUCUGAGCUGCCUAAUAGAGUGCUACCUGACGCCCUUGCAGAAAGAGAGCUUCCUUACACAGGAUGAGCUGGACGUUUUGUUCGGUAACCUCGGGGAGAUGGUGGAAUUCCAAGUGGAGUUUCUCCGAACACUGGAAGAUGGAAUCAGACUGGUGCCGGAUCUGGACAAACUAGAAAGGGUGGAGCAGUUUAAGAAGGUGCUGUUCUCCUUGGGUGGCUCAUUCCUUUAUUAUGCUGAUCGCUUCAAGAUCUACAGCGCUUUCUGUGCCAGUCACACCAAGGUCCCGAAGGUCCUUGCUAAAGCAAAGACGGACCCAGAUUUCAAGGCCUUCCUGGCUGAGAGAAACCCCAGACAGCAACAUUCAUCCACUCUGGAGUCUUACCUCAUCAAGCCCAUCCAGAGAGUCCUGAAGUAUCCGCUGCUGCUGAAGGAGCUCUACUCUCUCACCGACCCCGACAGUGAAGAGCAUUACCACCUGGAUGUUGCAAUGAAGGCCAUGAACAAAGUCGCGAGUCACAUCAACGAGAUGCAAAAGCUUCAUGAGGAGUAUGGAGCAGUUUUUGACCAGCUCAUCAAUGAACAGACUGCAGAUAAGAAAGAGGUUGCUGACCUCUCAAUGGGAGAUCUGUUGCUACAUUGCACAGUGGUGUGGAUCAAUCCUCCGGCCUCUUUGGUCAAGAGUAAAAAGGACCCUGACUUGGCUGCUUUUGUGUUCAAAACAGCAGUUGUGUUUGUGUACAAAGAUUGCUCCAAGCACCGGAAAAAAAUUGGUGGAUCUCAUCGUGUGUCCGUGAGCGAUGACAGGGAUCCCUUUCGUUUCCGUCACAUGAUCGCAACAGACUCUCUGCAAGUCAGAGCACUCGCAAACUCUGAGGCCACAGCGGUGUGUGAAAUAGUCCACACCAGGUCUGAAUCUGAAGGAAGACCUGAGAGAACCUUCCAGUUGUGCUGCAGUUCUCCAGAUAGCAAGAAGGACUUCUUGAAAACGGUCCACUCCAUCCUGAGGGAGAAGCAACGCCGGCAGCUUCUUAAGACAGAAUCUCUGCCACCCAAUCAGCAGUACGUCCCCUUUGGUGGUAAACGCCUGUGUGCCCUCAAAGGAGCUCGGCCUGCCAUGAACAGAGCAGCGUCAGCUCCGUCUAGAACCCUGGCCCACAGGAAGCUGAUGAGGAACCGCAUCACCAUAGACACCGACCUGGUUUUCCAUGGCAACAACAACAACAGCAACGACUCCAACCCCUCCUACCCGUCCUCCAGCUUGCCACUCUCCCAGCAUGCCCCCCUUCAGUCCCAGAAAUCUCAAGGAGAGGACACGGACCGCUGGGUGGAGGAACAGUUCAACCUGGGCUACUACGAGGACCAGUGUGAGGGGAUCAUCGAUGUGGGGCAGGUGAAGGAGACGGACAUUCUGAGCGACGAUGACGAGUACUGCAAGUCUGUCCGAGCAGCUUCGGCAGAACCGAAUGCCCUGGAGGGGGAGAUGGAAGGACUGGACCUGAGGGGCAAAGAGACGAGGAACCUGAAUGGACUUGCAGAGACUAGAAGCAGGAUCGUGCAGGAGGAGGAAGCUGAUCAAAGACAGCACGGAGAUGAUUCAGACUCAUUUGCAUCCUGUGGGGUCUCACUAUCCCGCUGUACGACCCCGACUCUAAAACUUGCCCCCUUGAAGCAGUGUGCGGUGGAGGGGGCCACAAAUAAGGACCAUGAUGUCAUCUGGGUGCGACGGGAGGACUUUGCCAACGGGUGUAACGGCGACGUCUUCUGAGAAGGGACUGACAGAGGAGCAAUGCUGAUUUCCUCCACUUUUUACUUAAAGUAGGAGUGCAAGAAAAGAUGGAGUGAAUUGGAUACAAGCUUUAAAUAUGUAGAAUCUGCAGAACGUGUAUAGAAGGUCCCUGCAUCACGACACUAUCCUCUUCUUCCACCUCACCUGCAUCCCCCCAGUUCUGACAAUCCUAAAGAACCGAAACACCCCAGUGUGUCAGAAAAGCAGCUUCAUUUGAUGUUUCUCUAGAAAUUCUCACCCAGAGCUGCUUAUAAAACACACCCAGAUGUUGCACACACCAGUGGAUUUGUCUGUAAACAUAUGAACAAAACAGCACUGCAUGUACACGCAAUAAAACAAGCAAGUGUGUGAGUGUAAAUGCAUAUAUAUUUACUCUAAGUGCAUACAGUACACAGAAGCACAGACACAGAAAGUCAAGGCAGCUACUGUACCUUGCACACAUUGUACUGAAGAGACGCCACCGCUGAACUUUGACCUUCUGGCCCAAAAUGUCUAUUUUUCAACACAGGAAUGUGGGUGUUCUAUUUUUCUGACUCGGAAACCGUGUUUGUAUCUCGACACUCAAGGGCUGUGUGUUACUGAACUUCUCUUCAGGGGCUUUUUGGCUUAAUGACUGCUGUGUAGAAGAUGGUGAGAUCUAACUAGCUUUACCGUGCUUUUUUAUAUUGUUUUAACUUAAUGUCAGCUGCACAUCGCUGUAUAGUCAGGGGUACAACAGAGUGCCGUUAAGCUCUUGUAUAAAAAUGUUUUAAAGCUCACCUCGUCUCCUAUUAUAUCCUUUUUAAAAGAUAGUCAGGACAACAGAUAGUCUGCAUUAUUUAAUCAUUGCCUUUUAUUAUUAUUUACUGUAAUUUUUAAUGUUUACACCACAUUCAGCUGCCCAGUGUUACAAACUACCUUUUGUGUGUCCGGUGCCAGUAAACAGGCAUGAGAAAGCCAUCACUUAUGCCCUUUCACAUGAAUGUUCAGUCUGUUUUGUUUCUUGAAUAGCAUGUUGCUUUAUUUUUUGUUAACUGAUAGAUUCCCCCCCCCCCAGAGGGCAUGCUCUCUUCAUGAUGUUACAUCAUUCCUACAAUCCUGUUUUACUUGAAUUUUUCUUUGCUGUUUUGAAAGGAGGUGUUCAACAGAGCCAUGUUUGUGACUGUACUGUGACUUCAAGGAGAAGAACAAUCACGCAGUUGAACUGUCACCCUCCAGUGGAGAUCAUUUUCUGUUUUUCAACCGGUUCCUUUUGAGUUUUGUCAUGUCAAGCAUUGACAUUUUACAUUACUUGGCUACACUUCCACCUGACCUCCCUGCAUUCCUUCCUCUAUCCACCAGGCUGUGCUGCUUCACUGUGUCACCACAACAACAUUCUCUGCUCAACACAGUCGUGCGCACCUUAAUGGAUGUAUUGAACAUGCACUUAAUACCCAACUGUGAGAGAGGGGGGGACCCGCCAGCUUCUCUGACUGGCAGUGAGAGGAGAGUGGGUGGAAGUACUACACUUUGGAUGAUGCUGUGUUUUUAUUUUUGUUACAAUGCUGGUUUCUUAGAGUUGAGCUUACUGGGUCAUUGUGCUCAGUUAAGACUUCAGACUGUGAGGUACAAUCACCUGGCCUUGGAGGCAAAAUCCUGUGAGAACCCCCCCCCCUCUGACUCCUUCCUUUGUACUUUUAAAACUGUGUUCGUACAUAAAACUGUGGAGCGUUACAAUUUUUAUGUUAAAAUAAAUUUUCUAAAUUUA